AUGGUCGGCGCAAACAAUGGGGAGAUCAACGACCUCCAUCGUAUGGCGAUGGAGGAUCCCGUUGCGUGGUACCGAAAGCCGAACCUGCGCACCCUGUACCUCUUGCUCUUCCCCUGUGUCAUCGGUAUCGAGAUGACGUCCGGAUUCGACUCGCAGAUCAUCAACGCCGUGCAGCUGGUGCCAGCAUGGAUCUCGUACUUCCAUGAUCCCAAAGGAGGCUACCAGGGUAUCAUGGCGUCGUCCCUCUCUCUGGGCGCCUGUGUCGGGCUUCCGUUUAUCCCCUAUGUCAACGACGGCUUCGGACGUCGGUGGUGCAUCAUGUUUGGCUCCUUCCUGAUGAUCAUCGGCUCGCUCAUCCAGGGCUUUGCCAUCAACGGCGUCAUGUACAUCUUGGCACGGUGCAUUAUCGGCUUUGGCCUGCCUUUUGCCAUUGUCGCCGGCUCGUGUCUCAUUGGCGAGCUGGGCUAUCCCAAGGAGCGGCCUAUCCUGACUGCCCUAUUCAACGCCUGCUACUUCAUCGGCGCUAUCAUUGCGGCUGGCAUUACGUUCGGCACCCAGCAGAUCACGUCCAACUGGUCGUGGCGCAUUCCUUCGCUCCUGCAGAUGGCCCCGUCGGUGCUCCAAGUCGCGUUUGUGCUGUUCCUGCCGGAGAGCCCCCGUUGGCUGAUUAGCCGCGACAAGCACGAAGAGGCCUUGGCGGUGCUCGUCAAGUACCACGGUGAGGGCAACCCGAACUCGGAGUUUGUGAUUGCGGAAAUGGCCGAGAUCAAGACCACCCUCGCCAUUGAGCUCGAGCAUGCGCGCAUGUCGUGGAUGGACAUGGUGCGCACGCGUGGCGCCCUUCGCCGCGUCGUCAUUGGCGGCCUUCUGGGCCUGUUCACGCAGCUUUCUGGCAAUGUCGUCAUCUCGUACUACCUCGGCGACGUUCUGACGAUGCUUGGUUUCACCGACCCCAACUUCAAGGCAAAGUACAACCUGGGCAACCAGUGCUGGAGUCUGGUCUGCGGUGUCGGUGCCGCCCUCAUCAUCAUGCGCUUCCGCCGCCGCACCAUGUACCUGACGGGCAUCCUGUCCAUCUUGGCCGUGUACAUUGGCUGGACCGUGUGCUCGGCGAUUUUCUCCGAAGCAAAAGCCAAAGGCCAGCACACGACGUCGUCGGACAUUGCAGCGAAGAUGUCCCUCUUCUGGAUUUACGCCUACAGUCCGGCGUACAACACGUGCUUCAACGCGCUGACGUACACAUAUCUGGUCGAGAUCUUCCCCUAUGCGCAGCGUGCCCGCGGUAUUGCCAUCUUCCAGUUCUUUGGCAAGGCCGCACAGUUCUUUGGCACCAACGUCAACCCAAUUGGUCUGGGCAAAAUCGGCUGGAAGUACUUGCUGGUCUACUCCUGCUGGAUUGUCGUCGAGGCCGGCCUCAUCUACUGGCUGUGGCCCGAGACGUCUGGUCGCACUCUGGAAGAGCUUGCCUUCCUCUUCGAGGAUGAACAGCAAGCCGAGCAGAUUCGCAAGCAGGAGCUGGAGCAGAAGCAGCUCUCGGCUGGCCAGAACCUGGACUACUCCACGGCUCAGAGUGACGAGAAGCGCCAGGCACAGGUCGAGCAUGUGUAA